GGUAAAGAAGUUGGAUCAUGAGAUCCAAGUUCCCUUAAUGUACUCAUUUCCUUCCAGUUUCUCCAACGUUUCCUUUUCCUGAAUGAGAGGAUGCAGGAAGAAGGCAAAAGCAUGGAAUGGAGGUAUUCUGAAGGGCUGUUUGCAAGAGAAUUUGGGCAGUAUCAGAAUCACCUCCAAGUUCAGAUAGACUGAGGGGUGGGGAAACCAGGCCAAAUGACUGCAGCUGGCGGUGAUCUAUGAGCAUUUUGGACAAAGCUCUCGGUCAUAGACUGAUUUUGGGGCAGUCCUGUGUGCAGCCAGGAGUUGGACUCAGUGAUCCUUGAGGGUUUCUUCUAUCUCAGGAUAUCCUGUGACAUCAGAAGUACUUUGUAUAGGCAGUGCUGAACUAAGUCAGGUUGAACUGGAGGGUGAAACCUUUUUCCAUGAGCACAGGGACUGGGAGGUGCUGGCUAAUGUUUCAGUUGCCUUUAGAAAAGGCAGUUUUUCUUUAAUGAAGCGGAGCCUACGCUAUGUUAAUCCAUGCUUUGCUCCAGUGAUCAAUGCAGGAAAACAGCAUGCUGUGAAAAUUUACCACUGUAGAUCGAUAGCCCCUAGCUACCCAACUGUAUUAAAGGUAAUUGAUGGGCUGAGGGGAUCUUGUAAACACUUGUUUGUCCCAUCAGCAGGUUUGCUUAUGUGUUUGACAGUAAGGUUAGCUACAGAGCCACUGUCAGCUGCAAACGUAUUUCUGGUUUUACGUGGGAUGGCUGCAGGAUGUGCCUUUAUUUGUCUUUUACACCAUUUGAGCAUUUCCAGUGUGAUUAGACAUCAGUAAUGAAAUGAAUUUGUUGACAGCAAAUUAUCUAUCUAUAGAUUUUUUUUAUUUAAUAAAAACAACCAAAAAACCACCCUUAUUAAUGCUGAGUGAAUUGAGAUUUGAAGAUGCAUCCAACUGGCUUUGGCUCCAAGAUGGUGUUUUAAGGGAUAAACGAUCAAGGUUAUGCAAAUGAGUGAAUUGAUCAAAACUGGUGAUUUAAAUCACUGAUUUACAUCUGCAAGAGGGAGCUUUGAUUUAAAUCAUUGAUUUUAAUCUUGUUUUGGGAUUGUACUUGCAUUAUUUUUCGAAAGACAGGUUGAUUUUCAUUGGCUGGUAACUAUUUGAGGCGUGUUUAUUUGCAAACAAGCAGAGCUCUUAAGUUAAUUUCUUAAUUUUUUGCUUUGGGCAGGAGGGGGAAUGCUUGACUAGCAGGGUAAGUAGGGCAGGAACGUGUCUUUAGGCAGGAACAAAUUGAACAAAUCCUUAUUUAAGUUCCUAAUGCUUUUAUUUUCCAGAAAUGGCAAACAAGCUCUGUAUAGAUAAGGAUUGCACAGAAAGUGAAAAACCAAAGCUCACUGCUCUGCAAUUUGUGUUUAAAUGUAGCUGCCUUAAAAUGCCAGUUAAAAACAAAACAGAGGAAAGCAUCUUAAAAAUGUUUUACGUUUUAAAACUGAUUCGUUAAACAAAGAAAGCAUUAUCUGCAGUUAAUGAACUGAGCUGUUUCUGGAUACUGUGUCCUUCAAGGUUUCAAAGUUGGCAGAUCUUUAUUCUCUUACCUCGGUUUUAUCACAGAUUAGAAGAGGAGAAAACAAGCUUUCUUGCUGUUUUUUUUUUAAUUUUUUUUUUCCACUCCCAGUUGUUUUUUCAGCUUUUCAGUGGAAAAGUCAUUGAAAUGAAUUAGAUGAAUAAACUGCACUGAACAAAAUGCUGCUUUCGUGCAAAAGCAGGCAAAGGUGUCUGAGCAGUGGUGGCUCUGCUCCCGGUGUUUGUGCUGCACCUUUCACCAGUUAAGGAGCCUCAUUUGCUUCCCUUGCUCCACAUCAGUGCUAUCUGCUAAAUAUUUUACAUGCAACUUUAAACAACGCUGCAUUAAGCUGAUGCAUCGGAGCUCAAAAUGUUAAGAGACCUCUGAAAGAAGAGAAUUCAAAAAGCAAAUCAAAAACCGCUUUGUCUUUCCUUCUGAAAUCUGUCCAAUAUGGAUACAGGUAUUUUCAGAGCAUUUCUUAUUGGCGAAUGCAAUCUAGUUUGGUAACUGAGGUGAAAGAUGUGUGAAGUUGGCUUUAAGCAUGGAAUACAGACUGAAUUUCUUCUUUUUUUCCCACUCUGAAGGAUUUGAUCUUUUCUGUUUUUGCUGUUGUGGGUUGGGUUUGUUUUGUUUAUAAUGUAGAGUUGUGUCCACUGGAAGGGCCUGGGGCCCCCAGCACAAGAAAGGCACAGAGCUUUUGGAAUGGGUCCAGAGGAGGGCAAUAGGAGGAUCAGGGGGCUGGGGCACCUCUCCUAUGAAGAAAGGGUGAGGGAACUGGGCUUGUUCAGCUUGGAGAAGAGAAGGCUCCAGGGAGACCUCAUUGUGGCCUUCCAGUGCUUGAAGGGAGCGUAUAAACAGGAGGGGGAACGGCUGUUUGUGAGAGUGGGCAGUGAUAGGACAAGGGGGAAUGGUUUUAAACUAAGACAUGGGAGGUUUAGGUUGGAUGUUAGGAGGAAGUUUUUCCCCCAGAGGGUGGUGAGGCACUGGCACAGGUUGCCCAAGGAGGCUGUGGAUGCCCCAUCCCUGCAGGCAUUCAAGGCCAGGCUGGAUGUGGCUCUGGGCAGCCUGGGCUGCUGGUUGGUGACCUGCACACAGCAGGGGGUUGGAACUGGAUGAGCAUUGUGUUCUUUUGCAACCCAGGCCAUUCUGUGAUUCUGUGAGAAGCUCAAGUGCUUUGGUCACUGUUGAUGUUCACAAGGUGAAGGAUGCAAGCAAACACAGCUUAGUCCUCUCUGUGACUGAAAACAGAAGGCUUUCACACUUCUGUGUUCUGUCCCUAAGUCAGAAGACUUAUUAUUGAAGCCUGAGAGCAAUUAUAAUGAAGAUGAAAUGAGAAUAGAUGAGAGAUUCUAUUAUAUUUAUUUCAUUAAAAUUGAUGGUAUGAUGACAGUUUGGUCUCAGUUCUAAAGAGCACCUUAAUUCCUUUGGUAAUUAACUGUUUGCUUAUUGCACUGCUUCCUCAGGCACUGCAUAAAAUUCAUGGCUAGGAAGAAAGACAGCAGUUCAAAGCUCCCAAUGCCUUCCCUUCUUCCUCUGCAGCACCAGGCCUGCUCUGAUGCUUCUUCCAGAGCAGCACUCAUACUCUGCUGAAGGACCAGCUCUGUGUUUGAAGCUGCAGAGCAGGGCCUUGCUUUUUCCUUGGCAAAAACACAUUCCUCUAAAUGCACUUUUCUCUUUUGGUACCACCUUAAAAUGCCUUCCCUUGUUGAUUUAGCUGCAUUCUGUUGUUCAGUUGGCUGUACUGUAAAUCAAAGAGAAAAGUGAGGUCACAACGUCGUGUCACUCAGUUUCGCCUGAGUUCUGCAUUGUCAGGUCGUUCAUCUGCUGCUGUUGGUGAUGCUGUGAUAAAUACCUUCCGUUGUUCAGGUGACUACAGCUGGAAGUGAAAAGAAUGAUACCCUUACCAGGCAUUCCUUACAUGUUAAGCUUUGUUUAAUAAGUUAGAAAAUAUUUGCUGUUUCUGGGGGAAAAAACUACACGAGUCCAAAGUGCUGUUGCCGUUUGGUUCUGUAAAAGUGGUAGGAGGAAGCAAUAGUAUGUCUGGUCUUAGGAUCAACUGGAAACAUCUGUUGCUGCAUCCUUGGGUACUUCACUUCUGUGUCUUGAAUUAGGUUUUAAUUCUCUUAUCUUCCCCCAAAAACUGGGCACGUGUCUGAAUACAAACUGUGAGUCUCUGGCCGAUGGGAUGUACUGAGCUGGUCUAUGCAUAUUAGGGCAUUCAUUUAGAAAAAAAGGUGAUGUGAGGCAGAACAGAAAUACUGAAUGGUAAAGAGAAGUGAAUUGAUUAGUGCUAUUUACCUUAUCCAUAACACAAGGAGUACCAGGUGUAAAAUGAAGCACAAAGGGUAUCCUUUAAGAUGUGUGCCAGCUUGGAUAGAAGAGGAGAGUUUCUUUCCAGUUUCUGUGAAACACCUGAUUGCUGGUGGUGUUACAGAGCUCAUCCCUCAAAAAUGUGGCCAUGGGAGUAAGAGAUUAGCAAUCUUUGGCUGCUGUUAAUCAGUGAGUGGGGGCACGGUCCUUGGCCAGCUGUAGCACAUGCUUUCCCUUGCUUAGGUGGACAGGCAAGCAGAAGUGGGAUGAGAAUGGGGUGAGAAAAAAAAACUGGAAGUGAGGAUAGGGUAGAAGCUGAGUAUACUGCACUAAAAAGAUGGGGAGGUGAUGUGAGUUGAGGGAGGAUUGUCGCAAUGAAAGGAAGGGGUGAAGGGAUUUGAAGUGAGACCCUUAAUAAUCCACUUGUCAAGGAGAUGUUCAAACCCUGUCUGACGGUUUGCUGCAAGGAGUUUGUUUUCUGUGUUUACUGUAAGGACUGCAAGAAGUGGUCGAGCUAAAUUUCAGCAACAAAUGAAUGGGAAGCAAGUAAUUUCUAGCCGUGCUGGAGUUUUGAAAUAGCUCGUUUGCAGAGGUUUAAUAUUCUGGUUGCUCUUCCCUGAGUUGAUGUAGGCUUUUCCUGCCAGUAGCUUCAUCUCAAUGCAGCAAUAGUUAUCUGUGAGUCAAAGUGAUCCUGCAAUAAAAGGGCCUUCUUAAUCAAAGAUGGUAAAGUCGGAGACAGUCAGUGCUUUCAGCAUUGGCAUCCUGUUCUGCUAAGGCAAUCCCACGUAGGAGGAAGACAGACACAAAAAGUGAUUUGGCUGUAAUGCAGCAAAACAAAUUCUGGCCAAAUUGUGGACUUGGAGUUAAUGGGUACACAGUGUUACUCUGCGAGCCUCUGUAAGCCUGACUGGAAAUCACGAAUGGUGAAUAACACUGAAGACCCCCAAGAGGCUUUAUAACGUUCCAUCCCCAUGUAAAGUAUGCUCAGAACUUUUCCAGUAGUCCUGCUGGAAACCAUGUCUCACUACACAGACGAACCAAGAUUUACCAUAGAGCAGAUAGACUUGCUUCAGCGCCUGAGACGUACGGGAAUGACCAGACAUGAAAUCCUCCAUGCGCUGGAAACCUUGGAUCGUCUUGAUCAAGAGCAUAGUGACAAAUUUGGAAGAAGAUCUAGCUACGGAGGUGGUUCCUACAGCAACAGCACCAACAACGUCCCAGCAUCUUCCUCGACAGCCACGGCUUCAACACAGACCCAGCAUUCUGGGAUGUCCCCAUCCCCAAGCAACAGUUAUGACACCUCCCCACAGCCUUGCACUACUAAUCAGAACGGGAGGGAGAGUAACGAGAGGUUGUCUGCAUUCAAUGGGAAGAUGUCACCCACCCGUUAUCCCCUAGCAAACAGCUUGGCUCAAAGGUCCUACAGUUUUGAAGCUUCUGAAGAAGACUUGGACAUCGAUGACAAAGUGGAGGAACUGAUGAGGAGGGACAGCAGUGUGAUAAAGGAGGAAAUCAAAGCCUUCCUAGCCAAUCGGAGGAUUUCCCAAGCAGUUGUUGCACAGGUAACAGGUAUCAGUCAGAGCCGGAUCUCACAUUGGCUUUUGCAGCAGGGGUCAGACUUGAGUGAACAAAAGAAAAGGGCAUUUUACAGAUGGUACCAGCUUGAGAAGACAAAUCCUGGGGCUACGUUAAGCAUGCGACCAGCUCCCAUCCCAAUAGAAGAGCCAGAAUGGAGACAGACACCUCCCCCAGUCACAGCUACCUCUGGGACCUUCAGACUACGGCGAGGCAGUCGGUUCACAUGGAGAAAGGAAUGCCUGGCUGUUAUGGAAAGUUACUUCAAUGAGAAUCAAUAUCCUGACGAGGCAAAGAGAGAAGAAAUUGCCAACGCCUGUAAUGCAGUUAUACAAAAGCCAGGAAAAAAAUUAUCAGAUCUGGAGCGAGUUACCUCCCUUAAAGUGUACAACUGGUUUGCCAACAGAAGAAAGGAAAUCAAGAGACGAGCCAAUAUCGAAGCAGCAAUCCUGGAGAGCCAUGGAAUAGAUGUACAGAGUCCGGGAGGUCAUUCCAACAGCGACGACGUUGAUGGCAAUGACUACUCAGAGCAGGACACUUGGCAAGUACGCAAUGGGGAGGAGGAGGGAAGAUGUUCAGAGGGAGGCAGAGAAGCAGAGAAGGUAGAAGAAGACAGGAGGAUCUGCUCCAAACAAGCAAGUUACACCAUUCACGCCACACGCAAUGAUGACAGCACUAGCCAUAGUGACCAUCAAGACCCCAUUUCAUUAGCUGUGGAAAUGGCAGCGGUAAACCACACCAUCUUGGCAUUGGCCCGGCAAGGAGCCAACGAGAUCAAGACAGAGGCUCUAGACGACGACUGAUAGAAAGAAGGGGGAGGGUCGAAGCAAGAAGUAACUUAGUUUUAGACGUAGCACCUUAGCAGACUUUCCUCGGUCCUUAAUAUGUGUUCUUACAGUAUAACUUUGCAGUUUCUUGUACGUCAGUUAGCUGUUAGGGUCUUGUUCUGUGAAGAUGGCAUGGUGCCCUCAGCCUUUGCGUAUACUCUCUCAGUAUUAAUUCCCAAUAAAUAAUCAAUCAACCAACCAACCUCCCUCUCCCAGCCCCAGUGGCUAGAAAAAUCUUGCUGCUCUAUCUUAGCAUUCAAAGUGCUUCCAGGUAUUUUAGACAGUCCUCAAUUACAAGUCUUAGGCUACACUUAAAAUCUUGGAUACCUUUAGAGAUUGUGUAAAAAUAGUCUGUAUGCUUUUCCUUCUCUGAGACUGAAAGGAUGCAAGCUGAGGUAGUGGCACAGGGUCGAUGGACACCAGACUGGGAGUAUCAACAGAGAGUAAAAAGAACACUAGAAACCCCACUUCAGCUGAUUCAGAUUUCCAGCUGCAAUAAGCUGUGCCUCACUGGUCAUACAGUGACUUGAUAUACUUUUGGGUGCUGUGCUAAGAAUGUCCAUUGGAAACACAUUCACAUAUUUCAGUUGAUGUUCCCAUAUUCAACACAGACAUCCUCUACUCACAAGCUGUGUGGCUUAGUGGAUAAGUACUGCCUUCUGCCUCUGGGACCAUGAUUGAAGCCCAGCCUGGGAUCACAUGAAAAAUGAGCUGAAUGUCUAAUGGACAACAGUCCACCUCUCAAAACCACUAUUCAUUAUUUGGCAUGGCUUGUAGUGCCUGCUCAGAAGAGGUCUAGACGCUAUUGAUCUGUCACUAACAAUUUCACUUUUUAUUCUUCCUUUUCUGUCCCCACCCUGUUCCCCUCUCCACUUUGCCACUUUCAAAAGCAAUGUUUUCCAAGAAGGUUUUAAGGUCAUGAAACGGGUGAGUGAUUUUUUUUACACAUCUGUGUAACUAAUGCCUAUGUCUAGCCCGAAAGGUUAUUCAAGAAGUUUGACAUCUGACCUUUGCUAGUUAACCAUCAUAGCAUAAAUAUUCUCCUAAAUAAGAGCUUUUGCCUUUGCUUAAAGGCAAGAGGAUCUCUUACCAGAGAAAUGGGGUGUGAAUGUUUUGUGUUCUCUUUACUCUGUCCUUGUUAAGAUGUGAGAAAGCUAUACUGCUACGAGCAAUUUAAUUAAUAAUUGGAAGCCAUACUGAUAAUGGAUGUGGUAAUAUUUGUAAAGCAAACCUACUUUAAGUAGCAGAAACUAAUGGAAUUGUUUUCCUUGAUCAUAUGUAGCACUUUUGUUACUUUUUUCUUAAAGAUAUUUAUAUUUGAUAAGUCUUUUUUUUAUCAUUUGAGAAUUCAAAAUGCCAAACAGCAAACUCGCAUUACAGAGUCACCCUGCGAUCGCCUUGUCAUCUACUAUCUAAAUGAUGAACUGUGUGUGCAUCUAAGAAAAUUACAUCUGCUGGCAUUGUGUGGAAACGAUCUCCUGGCAUCCUGAUAAAAUGAUAUGUUGCUGCCGGUAAGAGGAAACAUCUCAAUGGAAACAGCACGGGAAGUGUUAGAGACAGGCAGGACUGUGUUACAUUUAAAAAAACUGAAAAACAACAACAAAAAGAAAACCUAAAAAAAAAAAAAAACAACACAAAAAUAACAAAAAUUAAAAAAAAACAAAACUAUGUAAAUUUUUGUAUAUAGAUAUAUAUAAAAAUUUCCAUAGUAUUUCCAAAACAUUCCAUUUGUAUCUUCCCCAUUUAGGUGGGAAUAGCUGAAGAGGGGAAAAUAGCUGAAUUCUGAAGGAUGGGCUUCCUUCUUGUCUCAUCCGCUUUUGAGGGGACAGAGGGAAGUCACAGUUACUUGGUUUGUUCUCAUCCUCCCUUCCUCAUGCACAGCUAUCAGUCAGCAUCGUGACCUCCCAAACUGUGGCUCCUCAGAAGGUUUUUAGGCAGCCUAAACCCACUCAGGGUGUAGGCUAGCUUACAUCAUCCUCACAUCUGUUAGUCUCACCAAAAUUGCUUGGGUAAGUGUGGAGAUUUUGUGCUUUCAGAGGGUGCAGACCUGGCACCUCUUUGUCUCUGUAACUUCAAAGAUAAAUAGGUAGGGCUUGGCCUCGUCUUUCAUUUAUGGAUUUCAUUGGGAAAUUUAUGUGCUUUCCUUAGGUAUAGAUCACUGAAGCAGAAUGAAGCCGUCUUGUUCUGUUUUAUUGCAUUUCUUGAGUAGGCAAAUUUGUAAGUAGCAUCAGGGCAGACUCGGGGAAAGCACAGAAUUGGAUCAGCUGCCAUUGCACCAUUGCAGUUUAUUUCUUAAUGUGUGUGUGAGUGUUUUGGUACUAAGGAGUGAAAGGACAGGGAGAGCUUUUGUUCCCUAUUUUUGCACAGCAGAAUGAUCCAGCAAACUAUAGCCUUAGUGGAAUUUUACCUUAUUCAUACUGCAGUCACACACCAAGCUGACAAGCAACAUCCACGAUUUAUAGGAAGGAGAUUUUAAUAAUCGAUGGCCUCUUUAUGUUGGGAUUGCCACCACCAUUUGUCCUGGCUGUUUCAUUUUAAAAAGAACAGAUUCAAACUGUUGGACAGCUGCAAUUUUAGAAGAAAUAUUGCUUACUAUAGCAUCUUGAGAAAAAAAAAGUCAUUGUUUCAAGCGUCGCCUUUUUAAAGCAAUAGGGAAGAAUAAAAAUCCUUAUUCCGAUUUUUGGUUCAUGUGAUGCAGGAUCAGAGUAACACCCCUAAAACUGUAUGUCCAGACCAUCUGAUGUCCUUUAUAAUGAUAUAAUAAUCUGACCAUAAUUCUGUCUGUCAGUGUCAGGUAGCUGCUGGUCUCAUCAGGCGUCGAUAUCCAGUAUGAAGGUUAAUCAGAUAAACCACUUGUGAACAGCUGGAGAUUGCCAGAUCCUCCUUGUCUGUAGCUUUGAAGAUAAAUACCAGUUUGCUGCUCUCUCACAUCGUCUCACCAGAGCAAACAACAAAUUACUUAACCAAGGAAUCAGUCAUGCUGAAAAAAGAAAAAAGAAAGACAUUUGGUGUGUUUCAGGUUUCUGUCACCUUGGUUUGCACUUAUCUACAAGAGGAAUGAGGUAGGAGUAGGAGUUCAGGUGGUGCAGCAGCCUGUUUCCUUUAUUCUGAAGGUUCAUAGCAGACAGUUUGCAGAUGAUUAACAGCUUUCUGCUUUGACAGGAAUUAGCUUACGUGGAGUAGAUGCUGGUGUGACGAUGUCAGAAGACCUGCACCUGAUCUAGAGUGAUUGAAAGACUUGUGGAGAGUGUGUCCUGUGAUUUAGACUUUCUUUCUAGGUUUUCUGCUGCAGUGUGGAUGUUGCUUGCAUCUUUUUGUCUCUGGAGAUUCUUGAAAAGUAUCUUCUUGGUGGUGGCAGGUUUGGUUUUUUGGUCACAUUGCAGUUCAGUGGCAAGUUUGUUGUAGUCAACGUGGAGCUACUGCAGUCUGUCCUUGUGUGGGGCCCCUUGAAGCAGGUCUGGUGGCAGACUAGAUCUACCUUUUUGUUCUGUGAAUAGAGAGGAAAUAAUCCAAGAUGUUCCUCUUCUGUGAUGGGCACAGAUUGCUUUUAACUUUUAGAGUAAAUUCUGGCUGUUAUUUUGUGGCUCAUAAAGUUCUUAUACUUGAGUUCUUGUCUCUAACAGUCUUCUUAAAACAACAAUUUCUACCUCUACUUGUUCUUUUGUUUUUGUUUUGAAUUCUGUCUUUUUCCUGAAGUCUGAAAUCCCAGAUAGUUACAAAAGUAUUAUUAGUUGAUAAAGGAAAUAAUAACAUAGCAGCAAGCAGACAUUAUUCAUUGAUGGCCUAGAGUUGUAGAGACAUCUAAUACACUACAAGCCUAGAUAUUGUUAUAGCAUAAUCCCAUUACUCACAUGUUGGACAUGAGCAGAUUGGCCAUGAGUCUGCAGUGCACCCUUGUAGUGAUAAAGGAAUGUCACUAGGAAGAGCAAGGAAGGCAAUAAGUCCCUUCUGCUGUUCACUUCUGGGAGCCUAUCUGGAGUAUUGUGGUCAGUUUUGUACAGCAGUAAGUCCAUCAUACAGCUGCUGAGAUGAGAGGGUUGGAGCACAUGGCACGUGGUGGGAGAGCUGUGAUUGUUUGGAUUGGCUCUGGGGAGAUCUUAUUUUGCUCUUUAAUUGUUCUAAUUGCUAGUGAAUACAGUAUAGUGAAUACAGAGCCAGGCUCUUCUCAGAGGUACAUAGAAAAAGAUGAGGAGCAGUGGGCUCAAAUUGCAUUAAGAAAAUUCCAGAUGGAAUUUUCAGAGGAAUAUUUUCAUAGUGCAAGUGGUAAAAGAGGGGCCAAGAAAGGCAGUGGAAAAACCCACCCUUGGGGAUAUCCAAAACUCAACUGGACAAGAUCUGGGGUUGGAUCAGAGAUCUCCACAGGUUUCUUCCGACCCAAAUUAUUCUUUGUAGGUUGCUCCAAAAGUAAUGCCUCCUGUUUAUUUCCAUAGAAACUACAGCAGAUACGAAGAGCACAAUAACACUAUUUGAUAGAGAAAAUUCUCAGCUACAAAACACUGUUUUUCAGCAUAGCCACCACCAUUAGCUAUGUGUUUUUGCCAGUGAUGAAUAAGAGCCUGCAUGCUGCACUUGUAGAAGUCUGUACUAGUGGAGGUGACCCCCUGUUUCACAGCUGCUGUGAUGGUAUUGUUGUUAGAAGUUGUUGCCCAUGCAGUCCAUCUUUAAUCAGCCAGUAGAGAUGGAAGUUAGAAGGUGCCCAAUCUGGACUGUGCAGAGUGUCAUUGGACAGGCCAGCCAGGAAUGGCAGUGUGCUUCAUGGUCUUCAAACUAAUAUGGGUCCUGGAGUUAUCGUAUUGCAAGAGAAGGAUUGUCGCCUUCUCUGGCCUGACUGUGGAAGUUCAAGCCUUCAGCUUAGUCAGCGUUGUGACCUGACAGUCUAAGUUGAUGGUUUAUCCAUGUUCCAGGAAAUCCAGAAUGAUCCCUCCUUUCCUAUCCCAAAAGACUGUGCACAACACUUUACCAUCUGAGGACUGUGUCCUAAAAGUUUUUCUUCAAUGGGAAAUUCAGAUGUCACCAGUCCAUAUGCUGCCAUUUUGACUCUGGCUCAUGGUGGUGGCACCACCUCUUGUCACUGGUAAUGAUGAGAUCCAGGGAAAUCACCUUCAACCCUGUGUUGGUUCAGUAAGUCCUGACAGACUUGCAUACAGACUUGCUAGUGUUCUUUCUAUCCCUGUGUGAGCAUUCGUGGGACCUGUCUGCUGCAAACUUUGCAGUGUUCCAGCAUUGCCAGUGUCGUUGAAGCAGAUAUUCAGCUCUGUACACAGUUCUCUGAUUGUAAUUUGCCUAUUGGCACAGAUGAACUAAUGGAGAUGCUCUUUUUUGAGUAGUAUGACAGCUGUGCAUGGCUGUCCAGAAUGCGGCUUGUCUUUCAUGUCACUGUCACCGCUGCUGAAAUGCACUGCCCACUGCCUCCUUGUGCUUACAUCCACUGUUCUAUCUCCAUUAACAUUCAGCAAGCAUUGAUGAAUGUCAGUGAAUGCUGUUUUUUCAUCAUGGAAGAAUUCAGUUCCACAACUUUGCUUCACAUGCACUUCCACGUCAGGCACCAUUCUAUCAGGCUGCCUCUCUGCUGCCAUCUGUCACACAGCAACAGAACGUCAUGAAAUAUUGGUGGGAAGUUUCAGCCACUACUGCCAUCCCACCAGCAUCCACGUCUGAUGUUGUGAGCCAACAUCAUAAAAUAGGAGGCAUUACUUUUGGAGCAGCCCUUGUAUGAUUCAAACCUGCUCAGGUCGGGGAGUUUCCCAGUUCUCAUCUGCACAUGUUCACUUGUUUAAGGAAAUUCUGUUAUUUUGCCUACUGUUAAAAAGUUCUGUCCUGUCCUAAUAUAGAUGAGCUUUAUUUGUAGAGUCUGGCUCCAGGUUCUAAUCAAGCCAUAAGGAAUAAAUCUCAUUAAUUAUUUGCUCUGUUUACACAGUUCUUCAGGGAUAUUUGAAUUAGCUUGUUUCGUUCCUUGGCUAACACUGAACUGGUAAGUUCUCCACGUUUUAAUAACGUUUGCGCUGUAGAUUCAUUUUUGCCUUUGAGAGGAAUUUUCACUGUCUUGCUGCUGUGAGUGUAGACUUGAACAAUUUCGCGUAGCUGAAGAGGUUAGAAGAGGAAUUGUACUCAGCUUAAGCCCACUGUUGACUACUGUGAUAUGCUAAAAUUUUUUGUUUCAGUAAAUCUUCAAAUGGUGAUUGUCAGAAGAUUUCGUUUGGUAGCCUACAUCUUCUGCACUUGCUUGGAGCCUCAUGUUAUUUCCUUAUGUUUGCUGUUGGCCAUUGCUAGACAAAAAAUAAAUAAUAAUAGAAAAACAUACAAAGACAGAUUUGGGGUCUGAUGUGGAAGUUAUUUUAAAGAGAAAUCAUGAUGGUGUUCGCUACUAUGGUACAGCAUGGAGUCACUGUCCCAAGUGUCACUCCUGCCUUUAAGGUGCAGGAGAACACAGAGAUGAGUUCAAGAUUCUCAGAUCCCCUCUGUGGUGUAACAGUGAGAUGCUGCUUGCAAGGAAGUAGAAUGAAAGCAUUGUGCUGGUAGAACAUUGUGGUAGCAAUGGUAAUAGGAGGAUACUUGGACUAGAUGAUCUUGUAGGUCCUUUCCAACCUUGUGAUUCUAUGACGUCCACCAGGUCGCAGAGCCACCCAGAAGUACGUGGUACUGGUAACAGGAUUUCACUGUAUUUUUCACAUAGAUAAAACCACCAAACCAAAACUGAUGUAAGAGUUGCAACUCGAAACUGCAGCCUCUAAAACCUUUAAUGCGAGGUUCUUUUUCACUGUGUGUGAUGUCAGUUCUGGAUUCGUGCAUUUCAGUGUUCAUUAUGAAGAUUCAGUACUGAGCUGUGGAUGUUUAGUAGGGGAAUAUUUUUUUCCCCCUUUAUGCCUGGAAUUCUCCUCAUUUCAGAUAAUAAAUUUCUUACCAGAAAUUUUCUAUUCCUCCACUUGUACCAGCUACAUCACUCUGUAGCCCUCAUCCCCAAGGGUCCAUCAGCUUCUUUCAAAUUCAUUUGAUAAUUACCAGCAAAUUUUAGUGUCAAAAUAAGUUUUGCUCUUAUGUUAGGGCUUCCCACCCAAGUAGCUCUUGCACUCUUUGAAGUUCUUUGACUUGGUAAUAUUAUUUUGAAUGAAAUCUUCAGCUUGUAGGCAAUAACGUUGAGUUUCGUGUAGCAUUUCUCAUUUGGCAGGAAUCUUUAUUGGCAGGGUUGCUCUUGAAAAAACUUGCUUUAUGUUAGUGACCUAACGUAUGCUUGUUCUUGUUAGACAGCUGCAGGUUUUGUGUGUUUAAAUGCCUCUUAGUGGAGUAAUUGGGAUUGUAUCACAAUCCUGGCCAACUGAAUGGAAGUUUGAGGAGUAACUUUUUCACUGUGACUUCUUGGGAGGGAGGGUGGAUGGCCUGACCAUGAGUACCUCCAGUUCCCAAGGAGAAGAGUUGCAGAGAAGAUUCAAAAUAAAGCUUUCCCCUUUUUGCAGCUGGCCUUUUUACUCAGGAUCUUGAAGCAGCCAUUGGCCAACGGGCAUUUGGCAAGCUGAAAAGCAUCGCCCCAAACCUCUCAUUUUAGUGUCUAUUCAUUUCGUCUAAUAAAUGGGAUUAGAACUGUCCAAUUAAAGAUACUGCACAUUGAAGGAAAAGAAAGAGGCAUUCUAGAGGCGACAGCUAUAAAUUCAAAUUUAAAAUAUACAAAAGAUAUUUUUCUCCAUUGUGAGAAUUGUGUUAGAACUGGAGAAGUGGAUGCGAUCAUCUUGAGGGCUGUCAGUAAGAGGACAGCGUUUUGAUGUUGGUUUUUGUCCAGCAAAUAUCAAUACAGUUAAUUAAACGAAACUAUUCUCAGUUGCACCAGUGGAACAAACACAGGGAGAAAAAUUCAAACCUCUCAAGAGUUGUUCAUUGCUAACCUUGGCCUUAGGUUCUGUCUCUUAAAAAUAGCUUGCAGUUGUUUGUUCAUGCCUGUUUUCAUGUCGCCAUCCAUUUGGCAGAGGCGAUGCAGUAGCGACGAUGGCACUGACAUAGUUAUGACAAUCAGUACAAACUGUACUCGUUUUGUUAAGGUUCCUCUGUCAAAUGCUCCUUAUGAAAAUUCAGAUCAUACCCUCGCUGGUACUUGCUGGAACAAGUAAACAAUAUUUUUUUUAUUAAUUUGAAAUGCAGUCUGUGAUGUUUACGGUGUGCUUAUCAGUGUAGUAUUUGGGUGGUAUGUCAGAGAGAUAGAGAAGUUUUUCCGUUUCAGGUGUCUGUGGGGUAAGCUCACAAAACAGAUUUUAGUCGCUCCCUUUAACCAAGCUGAUCAAGAAAACUGACUAAUUGGUUUGACUACUGCAGUGUUGUGCUCUUCCCUGUUCUUUGCAGUGGGCUUUGGAGUGCUCCUGCCAACGGCUUCAGUGCGAGGAAACCCAACUCAUGAAGUGGAGCGAGCUGUAACAGCCUUGAUGCUCUGUAUGUACAGUGCAUCCCACUCUCAGCUGGCUUGGCACAAGGAUGUCUGCACCAUUUAUCCCCUAUUCUUGUUAAAUGGAAGCGGGUGCAUUCUGCUGAUCAAAACAUCCAGCAUGCUUCUGCUGAAUGCUUUCAGAAUGCAGGCAGGGUAAUUGGGAUGGGUAGAUAAAUGUGUAAGAGUAUGGCAGGAAAAGUAAUGGCAGCUCUUUCGAAGGGCUGGAUGUCCUCCUGACAUGUAAUUAGCUGCUUUAGAAAGAUGUGGAUUGGCAUGGUCAUAAUUAAAAGGAUUUCUGUCUUUCUGUGAUUGAAAACAGAAGAUCUUCCGCCCCCUAAUUUUCUUUAGAACCAGCAUUACUGGUGACAUUUGGAACAGCUAUACUUCGUAAACUUUAAUAAUGACCUGUUCCUAAUGGUAACUUCUAACAGCAGGGGCUGAAACAGAGUUUAGUUUUCUAUGCAAAACUACUUCUUUUCCUUUUAUGCUUUUGGGUAUUUAUUUCUUCUUAGUGGGUUUUAGAAAUAAAGCUGGUGUUUAAUUGUGUGACUGUGUGAUUACAGAUUACCCUGCGUUGUGGUUGGGCUCUUCUUGACUUGUCACUUGUUUGUGGAGAUGAUAAGGAAGUUUAGCCGUGGUCUGGGACUCCCCUGAUCUGCUCGUGCUGUUUUUACCCUGCCCACAGGUGGAGAAUGCCAAGCACAGGUAGCCUUCAGUUUCCAAAUUAGAGCUGGCUCUUCUGUGUUUCUGGCUUUUCUGUGCCACUUCAGCACAUCUCCUGUAUGGUCUCAGUUUGGAAGCGUUGCCAGCAGUUGUUGCUGAGGGUAUUGCUGUGUUGUCCUGAAGAUGUCUGCAGUGUCCUGACCUCAUGGGUGGCAUCCCUGCCCAUGGGAGAGUGUUGGAACUAGAUGGUCUGUGAGGUCCCUUCCAACCCAAGCCAUUCCAUGAUUCUGUGAUAUGAUACGGUCUAGCAUUACAAGCUAACUCACCUUUUUGUUAAGAAAUCUCAGAAGAGCCUGCAGCAUGGUAUUCUUCUGUACUGCAGGAGAGGAGCUGUGCUGGUGACUUACACUAACAUCACAAUCUUUCCAUGAUAACGUUGCUAGAUUCUGCAAAAGCAUUUGUCAUAAAGUGUUGUGUGCCUUUCUGUUUUGUUUAUUUGUGAAAAACAGUAUCUGUGGAUCUGCCUUUAGCCCUGCAGAGCUUCUGCUCCAUAUUUGACCGUAAACUUCUUGACUGUAUUCCAUAGUGAUACUGUCCUGCUGUACGAGGUGAGUUUCUGAAGCUUUUUGCUGUGUAAAGAUGCAUACAUGGAGUUAGUAAAAUUUAGCAAAGAUAGCAGGUUCCUAACUUCAACAGAUUUGCAAAGAAAUGAGGAACCUUUAACUUAUUUAGGCUCUUACCUGAAUCCUUCAGUUACUUUUCAGCUUCCUUAUAGAGCUACUUCUGCAAAUCUCAUCCAUUGUCACUGUGGUUCAGAACAGACCUAUGGGUCUUGGGUACUUAGUUCUUCCAGAGCCAUUGCCACUGGUAGUGCUUACACUCACAGUAGCAAUGGUAGGAAUUUCUUUCCUAGGACAGGAAUUUUUAGACACUAACUUGCUGCUGUCACUGGUCUCAAUUCAUCUUCCUAUCUUUUUCUCCCAUCCCUUCUCCUUAACUAAUUAAAGUCUUCCAUGUUAUGGCAAGAUGGCAUAUGUAACUUAAAUAACACACCUCUGUAAUUAAGAGGUUGGCAUCAGCCUUCUGAGUUGUAUUUUACGUCAUUUGAGGUUUAAAAACACAUUUUGCUGACAUUUUAUUUACCAAAUCACUCAAGACAAAGACAUGAUUAAAUUAUCAAUUAAUAUUUCUCACCCAAUAUAUUCCAGUGAGAAUAUUGAGCAUAUAUUGCAUUCCUCAAAGUGCGUUUGACUUUGCAUUUUUUUAAUUGUUAUUAUAUUUUAAGUCUGCCUGCUGGUAACGUUGCUGCUAUCUGUCUCUAACAGUACUGUAGUGACAGUGCUCAAAAUGUCCUUCAGAAGCCAACCAGAGCCAGGAAUUCAGAAUAUCAACUCAAUGACCAGUUUUUCCCAUAGCAGGGUGCAAAUUUAUACUUCAUGGCAAGUAAGCAGAUCUUUUCAAGACCAAAUGACAGGGACUCUCCCUUGGCACAUUUGAGCUGCCUGUUGUUCAGAAGGUUUGGUAAGAUUUUGGUGUGAAAAGUAGCCAUGAGAGCAUUUCACCUUUCUGUGUCGUUUGGGUGGUCUGAGUUUAGGUGGAACUACAUGAGUUCUGAAUGGCUGGAUGAAGCAGAAUGGAGUUUGCAUCAGACAUGGAAACUCAUGUGAUGUGCAGGGUCUCCUUUUAGCUGGUAGAUUGGUCCCUUCUGGCCUUAAUUGUUAAACUUUGAUUCCAAAGAGGUUGACUUCUACUCUUACAGCUGUAACUUGUUCGUAGUAUAUAAUAAUUUGUUGAGAUUUGAGUAGUAGAGUGGUUCUCUACAGUAAGACCUCCUUCAAAAUGUAUGACUUUCCAUCAGAGGAAAUGUUGUGCCUUAUGUCUCUAAACCACGUCAAGUUCCACUUAUGUAUGAUGAAGACCUUUUUACUCUUUGUAUUUCUGCCAGGAUGAGAAUCAAGCGAACGCUGUUUUGAUAGAAGGUGGUUUAUUGUAUGCUGCCAUAUUACUGAGAUCUGCUCCCAUGUCUUACAGAUUCUUCCCAUCUGUCCUUCUGAAACAGCAAUACGCUCUUCCAUACCCAUCAGUGUUCAGCAGCUAUGGUAGCUCUGGAACAACAUCGUUCUCUUCAACCAUUAUUUUUGCUUCUUCUACAAAGAAAGAAGAACCCAACCAAAAUCCAGAGCAGGUCAAUCUGAAUUUCUAAUCCUAAAUUUUCUUUGCUAUUUGCUGAUUGAGCAUGUGGAUACGCGAAUCCCAGUCGUUAUGUUUUCACUGUUACCCAGGCACAUUCCACAUGAAAUCAUUUCACAUGAGAAAGCGUUGGUCUGUCAUGACCAUUUCCUGUAGCUGCAGUGGCUCAAGGAACUGUUGAUGUGAAUGCUUUUACCUGUUGCCAGAGUGCUUCAAAAAUAUCACAGCCACCACAAGUCUUCUUGCUAAACUCAUCUCUCCUCUUUCCUACCCUGAGCCUCUGUUUCCUUGAAGGAAUUCCAGACAAGUAUUUGAGCUAUACUUCCUUCAGCGGCUCUGAGCCUUUCACUUCCCUCUGGAGCUGAUUCUUGUUGGUACAGAAUUUGUCACACAUAUUUGUCCCUAACUGUAGUUGUGUUUCUUUUGUCUUUCAUCCAAGCUCUUUCACACCUCAGUAAUCCUAUUUUACCUGGUGUGCGGCUGGUUUUCUUACACAGACAUGCUCUGACCUGAACUUGGUGCUUGUCUGGUCUCCAGCUGAGCAAUGGAUGUGAUUUCCAUGCUGAUAACAAACCAGUCUGCUGUAAUACUGAAGUUGAGGUUUUUCAGAUCAUUUGAGCUCUUCACUAGCUGAAAGACCCCAGGUGUUUUCAGCAUGGCACUGCUCCUCCCUUCCCUCCCUUUACUUUUGAUGCUUAGAUUAACAAAUCAGGGAAACAGUAACUUCUAAGUAUGAUUUUGUUUGUUUUUAACUGGGAAGCCUGGUACUGGGCCUUGCACCUCAGUAGCUAUUCCGUGAUAUUCUAGCAAAUUACUUGGGAAAAUGCAGGUAUGUCACAGAUACAGCCGUUCUUAACGAACUAAUUGGGUGUUUCUUGCACAUGAUUAUGGUGCUCAGGUUUACCUGUUCUGUUUAGUUCUGUGCUCUUUGGUGUCUGUUGCUUCUCCCCCUCCUGGUAGGACUAACUUGUUGCUUUCUGUGCCCUUUGUCCAUCUUCAGUGAUUUCUGCCAUUUCAAUUUCACUCCUCUUGUUUCUCAUUCUUGUCUUUUUUCUCUACAGGCACUUUAUUACCUUCACAGCUUUGAGCAGUGUAUUUAUAGUUAGUUGUUUCCUAAUUCCUUUAAUACUUCAGUCCAAGUCGACAUAGAUUCAUCUUUCCUUUUGCCUAUUAGAUGGCACUGUAUCAGUUGCCUACUUGAAGUUCAGAUAUAUAUUAUCCACAGUAAAGUAUAAAUAUGAAACAGUCUCCAGAGUUCACUCAGACCAUUUAAAACAAACAAAAAGAACUCAUAAAUUCAGUCCUUUUACAGCAGGUUUUUCAUCAGCAGCCUCCCAUGUGAAAUAGUGUAUUUGCAAUUGCUGGACCACGCUCAGCAGAGGGACGAGGUAGUAGCAUUAUUUUUCUCCAACGUUUUGCUCGCAUUUAAUAUUGGAAGCAGUGUGAAUUGGUGCCGUUGUUGUUUCUGGUUAUGUGUUGCCACCUGCUUUUUUCACGUGAGUUUUUGGGAGGGGUGGUGCGCGGGUUUUGAGGUUGGACUCGAUGGUCUUGAAGGUGUUCUCCAACCUGAGCCGUUCUGCGACCCUGCGGCUGCGUUGCGCUGUGUGUGGCGCCAUUCCUGCUGCGUGUCGUCGUGUCGUUCAGCCAGGGCCUGGGCUCACCUUUGGCAGCCGGAGUAGCUUUUGAUUUCUUUAAGUUGUUUUACAUUUGAAGGCGAUGAAAAAAAAAAACUUGAAAUGAAAGGACUUCUCUGAAUAGAUACAGUAAUGAAAGUGGAUUGGAUUUUGAAGUUCCCGUCCUUCAGUGUUGUCCACUGAACUUUCUUUUUGGCUUGUGCAUGAAUUCGUGUUGAGACUUGAAGCUUUUGACUUAUUUCUCGGUUCUCCGGGGCCAGAGCCCUGCUUGUUCUUUGGAGAGGGGACAUGUUGCAUUUCAUCCUCGUUGCCGUACAAACCAAGAAGCAGAAAUAUUUCUGUGCUGGGAUCCUGCCGUAGCGUUAGCAGUGCCGUUCCAAAUGCCAGCAGCAGCAGCUCCUCCUCCCUGUGCCAUCAGGGCGGCUCACGGGGCUGAGGGCAGCACGUCCUCCUGCACCAGGGGCUCUCACUGGGGGAGCACCUGGAAGUCAGGCGUCGCACCCUGCGCUGCCACCGUGGGCAGAGCCACCAAGGACAGGCUUCUACCUUAAGGAUGGUGUGGGAGUGACAGAUUCAAACCAGGUUUAGUUCAACAGUGGUUCUGUCAAAGGGUGACAGUUACAAGUGGGUUAUGUCCGCGGGGAGCACUGUUUUUUGACAGAUAGCCUUGGCUGUCUCCCCCUUGGUCUCUAUGAUCUUCCCAAGGCUCAUAAAAGCCCAGGAAGUGUGAAAUAUGUGCAGUACUUUUUUAAUUAUUAUUAUUUUUUUCUUAGUGUCGAUUUAAAAAGUGCCUAAGUGAGUAACAGGACUCCAGAGUGAGCUGGAGAAAUAGGAUCAGACCUCAUUUCCCUCCUAAGAGCAGAGCCCUCGCUGCGCUUCCUCCGGAGGAGCAGUGAGAGUCUGUAACCCUGCAGAAUCCAGCAGGGAAGAAAUCCCUUUCCUCAUGCUGCUCCCUCAUUCUCCAACCUAAAACUUGUUGGUGGGGAACUUCUUAGCAGACGGUGUUUCUCAGCCAAACCGUGGCAAUCUCUGUUUUAGGGUGGAUGGGAAGGAGGGGGAAGCUCGGGCAGAAUUUGGUAGGAAACUGCUUCUGGGAUUCCAGGUGCAAAUGGCUUUGUGCAUUCAUCUCAUGUCUCUGGAUAACCCCACACCUGAGGUUCUGGAGUGGCCGAUAUCCAUAAUAACCCCUUCUUGGAAUCACAGAGGCGGUUUCUUCCUUUAUUCUUAUCUAUUUCUAGGCUUGUUAGAGCGGACCUGCUAAACAUUUUGUCAGAAUAAUGUGAUGAUUGGCAGGUGGUUAUAACCUUGUAAAAAUGAGGAUUUUAAGUGGGUAAAAUAAAAGAUAUCAAUGUUAGUUUUAAAAAGUUGCAUUAAAGAGUUUCUUCUGACGUAGCGAAAGGAAAUAAAACAAGGGAACGCUGGUGAGAUGCGUUGGUACCACUGGAGGGUUCCGAAGAUGAAAGCAACCCAUACGUAGAUGUUUUAUUUUUCAUGUGUGACAAAGUGUUGUUUUCACCGUGACAACUUAAUUACAUGUGAGUUGGGAAAGCCUAGGAAAUGUUGUUGGCAGGGGAAGCCGUAAGGGCAUCUCUUGUGCAGAGAACAGAAAGCGAGCUUGUAGGAUGUCGAUGGGUGUUGGUAUAAGCAAUGAUCAAAGGAGAAUCUAGUGCUGGGGUGCUGAUGAGAACAAAGUGCUCACGGAGCCCCGUAGUACAUUGGAUGCAGUGCUGUCCCCCUGCUCCAGAGAUGCCUUUUUUUUGACUGUGAUUUUUUUCCUAAACAAAGUGAUUGUCGGUAACGGUGGUCGCAAUCGAAAAGAGCUUAGCAGCGAGCGUGUCCAACCCAGGGGUGACAAGGCAACGGAACAGACGGGGGGCACAGAAGGAGAAUGAGGAAAGCAAAGGCCCCAGGCUCUGUGUGACAUGCUGUGGGUUGGGAUUUCCAUUUUGGGGUUCUGUGCACCCUCGUUUUGCUGCGUUGGGAUAGGAGCGCCGGGCCGGCCGUGCGCCUCGAGCGCCGUGGUGAACGUGAGCUGCCGCUGUCGCACGUGGGGCAGCUGCGGUGCCUGCAGUUCCUCCCCACGUCUCCAGCUCACCAGUAAGCAGGGAUGAGCUGUGCCAGCCCUGCUGCUCCUGUGGCUCCGUCCCUUUGCGCUGCCCAUGUCCCCGUUCCCCGCGCCGCGCGCCCCGCCGCCAGCCGCUCCUUGUCUCAUCUGCUGUAGGUGUUGUGCCUACCUCAAGAGGUAAACAUGGUAUCCUGGAGUCACACUUCACUCUGUUCUUUUUUACACGAGCACUAGCGCGCACACACUGGAAUGUAUAUUCUCCCCCACCCCAAAUAACCUCGUGACCCGAUCCUUGCUGUAGCCACCACCAACUCCUCUUGCAAAUUGGAUGCUGCUUUAAAUGUGAAAACAAAUGUUCGAGAAGCUAUAAAACCUGAAUGAAAGCUAAAGCUGAAUUUAUAAAGCCUUGUUGCGUAUGAGCCAAAAGUGCAAAAAGCUCUAUAUAAUGAACUAACCUGCCACUCAUAUAAAUAUAAAUAUAUAUAAAUAUAUUAAAAUCAGACUGUUCUACAAAAUUGUGUAUUUGUAUUUUUGUGUACGUACAAUUUUCUGCUAAGCAGAAGGAGGAUGUAGUAUAGGAUGAUGUGAGAAGAGAUUUUGUUUAAUCAUAUUUCUUUGUUACUUAUUUUUGUUAACAUCCAGAUGCCUGUCUUUGUCUUCUGUAUAUGACACUGUUCCAAAGGUGCAGUAUCCCUCUCCCACCGUGUCCCAGCCCUCUCCUGCCUCGCUGGGUGAUGCUCCUCGCCGUGGCCGGGCUGCUCAGCCCAUGGGCCACGUCCAUGCUUUGCAUUUAGUGGAUGUGCCGUGCGUUGCUGUUUGCCACCUGGUGGGCCUGUUCUCUGCAGUCUCUUUGCUGUGGUCCUCAGCAUGAAAUUUCAGGAAGAAACAAGCAGCAGUGCAGACCAGGAGGGAGGAUGAGCAGUAAGCAGGCAGCCAAGGCAGGGAGGCGGCGCUGUGCGUCACAGGGAGCGAAUCUCAGGUACCACCAGCAAGCUGCAGUGCACUACUGAGCGACCCCACAGCUGCCAAAGUGGUUUUGCUGUCAGCAGGGCGGGUGGGCAGCAGUGCUGGUGGGGCUUCGGUGCAACCUGCAUGCAUUGCAGCGAGUGGUGGAGCAGCCGUGGCGUCUCCCUGUUCUCAUGGCUGGGCGCCCUUCUGGUACUGAUGGUUAGGAAGAGUUUUUCUGAAGUCUUCUCUAAGUCACUGCAGUGAGCUGCGAGAUGCUGAUCCAUCCCUGGAUGUGUGUAAAACCAUUUGGAUGUGGUGCUCAGGGACACGAUUUAGCAGAGAGCUGUCAGGGUCGUAUGGUCAGGUUGUGGUUGGACUUGAUGGCUUUGAAGGUCUUUUCCAACCAGAGCAAUUCUGUGAUCUUGUGAGUGGAUCUGCUCCAUGUUUUGCUGCAAGGAGAGGGGAGUCAUUUUGUCACUUGGUGUUGGUCCUUAUGAGUUACAAAGUGGAGAAGUGCCUGGGGAAGGUCCAAGCAGAGCUGGGUAGAACAGGCUGUGGUGGAGAAUAACACAAAGCUCUGCAAUUCAUGUGAUCCGAAUUUCCCUUCCCCUUCCUUGCUGCAAACCCUGGAGGCAAACGGGUCCUUUCUGUGCGCUCCCAUCUGCAGAAUGAAGGUGACAGUUCUUGUUUGUCCCAUCUUCCUUAGGCAGUAGGUGCUUCAGAAGCAGCAGCUCCUUCCCUCCUGCCCUUUGUGCCCUUUUUGCUUUUUCUUUUAAUUUCUAACAUUGUCUGAACCGAAUUCUGGUCCAGGGAGAGCGAUACUGCACCUUUCCAUGUAGGGCUCAUAUUUAUAACAGUGUGUAAUGACUGUAGCAAAAGUCCUUGUUUCUGUAUGUGAAUGGACAGAGAAACAAGUGCUCUAUUGUAUUGAUUAAAAUAGUUAAAAUGAGUCCUGUAUCAUUGUAUCUCCUAUUCUGGAUUAGUGCCUUUUGGACAGUAGACUGUUCUGUAAUUAAAAUGUAGUAUAACUGCUUUUUUGUACAGUUUUGUUUUAAUAAAACUUUUUUUUAAUUUGUGUUUAUUUUAGUAUUGUACCUCUUAGAAAAUAAAAAUGUAUAACUCAACAAAGACAAAGCCUCUGAUGGUCCUUUUUGGCUGAGGGUGGCGGCAGCCCUGGAGCAGCCUCAGGCACGAGCAAAGGAAAACACAUCUCCACAGCUUCAACAUGUAGAACAACGAACUCUUUGGAGGAUGAGGGAUGGCCUCAAAUUCCUGGGUCCCCCACUUUGUUUUUUGGAGAAGAUGGGGAACAUUGGACAGUGAUGGGACAAAGGGGAACGGUUUGAAACUGAGACAGGGGAGGUUUAGGUUGGAUCUUAGGAGGAAGUUUUUCCCCCAGAGGGUGGUGAGGCACUGGAACAGGUUGCCCAAGGAGGCUGUGGAUGCCCCAUCCCUGCAGGCAUUCAAGGCCAGGCUGGAUGUGGCUCUGGGCAGCCUGGGCUGCUGGUUGGUGACCUGCACACAGCAGGGGGUUGGAACUGGAUGAGCACUGUGGGCCUUUGCAACCCAGGCCGU